AUGACUAAGGAAAAAUUCAGUUUCAGGCUGUCCGGUACCGACGGCGCGGCGCGGCUGGGGCAGAUUACCACGCCCCACGGUACGGCGCAAACGCCCAUAUUCAUGCCCGUGGCGACCCAGGCAACCGUAAAGGGCCUGACGUUCGAUGAAGUCCGAAACGCGGGCGCGGAAACCGUUCUGUCCAACGCCUAUCACCUGUACCUGCGGCCCGGCGUCGACCGCAUCCGUGAUGCCGGCGGACUGCACAGAUUCAUGGGAUGGGCAGGGCCGGUCCUGACCGACAGCGGCGGUUACCAGGCGUUCAGCCUGGGUGCCCUACGCCGUAUCAACGAUAACGGAAUUCUGUUCCGUUCGCACAUUGACGGCAGCGAGCAUCUGUUUACCCCCGAGGUGGCCAUCCGCAACCAGCAACUCUUUGGCGCCGACAUCAUCAUGUGCUUUGAUCAAUGCGUGUUCUCCGCUGGCGACCGAUCGGACGUGCGGGCAGCAAUGGAUCGAACCCACCGAUGGGCGCGGGUCUGCUACGACACUCAUGCGCCGACGGCCUACUCCGGGGUGCAGGCCCUGUUCGGGAUAGUACAGGGCGGCACGAUCCCGGAAUUCCGGGAUGAAUCUACGGAACUGGUCACCAGCAUUCCGUUUGACGGAUACGCCAUCGGCGGCCUUGCGGUGGGAGAAACCAAAGAGGAAAUGCACCGGAUUACUCGUCAGGUUUGCGAAGGGUUGCCCAGCGACAAACCGCGAUACCUGAUGGGUGUCGGUUCACCUGAAGAUCUGGUAAACGGGGUGGCGCUGGGCGUGGACAUGUUCGACUGCGUGCUCCCCACGCGGGUGGCGCGCAACGGUGCCCUGUUCACUCCCACCGGUCGCAUCAAUAUUGCCAACCGCCGCUAUGGCGAUCAGGAUGUGCCGUUGGACGAGACCUGCGAUUGUUACGCCUGCCAACAUUAUUCGGCAGCAUACCUGCGUCAUCUGUUCAAGGCCGGGGAAAUGCUGGGGCCUAGAAUGGCGUCGGUACACAACCUGCGCUUCGUGCUGCGCCUCAUGGAACAGAUGCGGGAUGCAAUAGCCGGCGGGCGGUUUGUCGAAUUUCGCGAUCGGUUCCUUGGCGCAUAUCAACCCACCGACGAACAAAGCCGGCAAACGCAAAAACACCGCUGGAUCAGAGAGCGGGGAGUCUAG